UUGCAUCACUCCUACUCGGUCGCUCGACAACACCAUCAACAACAACGAAUUACAGGGCAAUGGCAAAAAAAAACAAGAAGAAAGUUGUGCGCCCUUGGUGCUGGUACUGCGAACGUAGUUUCGAGGACGAGAAAGUCCUGAUCUCCCAUCAAAGAGCAAAGCAUUUCAAAUGCAAUCGCUGCAACAAAAAACUCAACACUGCCGGAGGAAUGGUCGUUCAUGUUAUGCAGGUCCACAAGGAAACUAUUGACAAAGUACCAAACGCAAACGUAGGUCGCGAGUCGACUGAUUUGGAGAUCUAUGGCAUGGAGGGCAUACCUGAGGAGGAUGUUAUCGCAUACAACGCAAAGCAGGACGCUGCUGAUGACCAUGUUAGCAAACGGCCCAAGCUGAACUCAACCCCUCUCGAGUUUUCGGAAGAGGAUCUCCAAAGUCAAUUGGCUGCUCACAAAGCUAUGAUGCAGGCCGCCGCGGCUCCAUCUACUGGUCCUCCCACUGGCCCUCCUGCUGGCCCUUAUGGUGCUCCUACAAUGGCUUCCGGUGCCCCUGGCUCAACGCCAUUGCCCCCAGGAAUGGCCCCAGGAAUGGCCCCAGGAAUGGCCCCAGGUAUGUCCAUGACCCCUCCCGGAGCAACAGGUCCUGGAGCGUCUCUUCCACCCAAUCAUGGCCCGUACCCAGGUCAGUUCCAAUAUCCAGGUAUGCCUCCAGCUGCUGCCUCAGUCAUGCCUGCUGCAUAUAGCCAAUUCUAUCAGCCCAGACCACCGCAGCCAUAUGGAAUGCCACCACCAAGGUAAGUCUUUGGCCUUGCAGGAUGAAAUGCUCGCUGGAUCACAGUGUUGAUCUUACCAUGUUUGUACCCAUGCUAAUACCUUUCAUGCCGUCAACCUCUCUCUGUAAUCACAAUGUGUAAACGCACAGUAUGCCACAUUCUGGCCCACCUCAGCAGUUCCCGCCAUUCGGCAAUCAAAUGGGUCCGCCUGGAUCUUGGCCGCCUCAGAGACCACCUCCAGGAGCACCGCUCACCAUGCCACCCCAACAGCAGCCUCCAGGCUUUCCCCCCAGAUUCAUUAACGGACCACCGCCACCAGGCUUUAUGCCUCCUCCAGGAAUGCCACUAC